AUGAUUUUUUGGAGUUCGACUUAUGAAAAGGCAUGGAAUCGAGUUUUCAAGUAUAUCGUCGUCUUUGUCAUCAUAUUACCUAUUCCCUUCACAUGGACUAUUCUCGUCAGUUCAACUUAUUACAUCCACACGGAAUCACUCGACUGCUAUACGAUUUCCACAAGUGUUAAUCGUGAAUUCCUCUACAACCAACUGUUACCAUAUUUUGCUAUUGUCACUAUCACUACAGCCAUUAUCAAUAUUGCAUCGUUCUAUCGUUUAUCUUGCAUGACCUACAAGAUAUCAGUAGCUGAAAGAAAUUUACUUUUUGUCAGUGGAUCUCUAUUUUUGGUUCAGUUGGUAGCUGAUGUGAAUACGACUAUCAAUCGUCUUGUUGUCAAUGACAACAAUAAGAACAGUUUAUGGUCACAAAUUGCAGUUACUCUCCUUCCGUAUGUCAGUGAUGGAUUGACCCUCAUUCAUCCAUGGUUGUUCUUGGCUUUCAGUACUAAAGCUCGACGAUGUUUCAUGCUGAUGUACUUUCCGAAACAUGCCAAGAUAGGAAAUGCAACGACCAAUAACUCAACUCAUUUCGUUUCAAUAACACGAAGAAGUCAGGCUCAAUUCAAUACAAGCAAGCUUUGA